GGCGGCGGCGGCGACAACAAAUAUCCCUGCGAUAGGUGUUCCCUUUGCCUGCAGUAAGGGCCGCAGCUUCGAGUCCCCGUCCUGGCGAGCCCAGGUGCCUUCCCCAAGAGGAGCAGCAGGAGGGAGACAUGGCCACAAGAUUGUUGCCAGCCCAGGCUCUGGAGUCUGUGACAUUCAGGGAUGUGGCUGUGUUCUUCAGCCGGGAUGAGUGGUUGCAUCUGGACUCUGCGCAGAGAACCUUGUACCAGGAGGUGAUGUUGGAGAACUACAGCACUCUGUUCUCGCUGGGGAUUCUGUUUUCCAAACCAAAAGUUAUCCUCCAGUUAGAGCAAGGGGAAGACCCCUGGAUGGUGGAAAAUGGAGUUUCUCAAAGCACAUGUCUAGGAUGGGAGAGCUUGUUUGAAACCACAGUUUCUGAAGAAGAAAAUCAGGAAGUAAUGAAUCAACUCAUAGGUGAUGGUCCUUUUGACUUCAAGUUGGGAGAAAUUUACAUAAAUGAGGAAAAACUAGAGAAUCAGCAAGGCAAAAAGAACAGACCUUUGAGGGGAGUCUUAGUUACCAUCAAGAAAACCUGUAUGAAGGAGAAGAGCUUUACAGGUAUUGACCUUGGGAAAAAUCUUGAUCUAAAAUUAUCACUUAUUAGAAAACCCAGAAUUGUUUCCAGAGGAAGGAAACCCUGUUCACAGCAGUAUUCAAUUCUAUUUGAACAGCUGGGAAUCAACACAGUGCGUAAGUGUUACAAGUGUAGUAUCUGCGGGAAAAUCUUCCUCCACAGUUCUUCUCUGAGUAAACAUCAGAGAAUCCAUACUGGAGAGAAGCUCUAUAAAUGUAAGGAAUGUAGGAAAGCUUUUAGCCAAAGCUCAUCUCUAACUCAGCACCUGAGAGUUCAUACUGGAGAGAAGCCUUAUAUAUGUAGUGAAUGUGGAAAAGCCUUCAGUUUCACUACAUCUCUCAUUGGACAUCAGAGAAUGCAUACUGGAGAGAGACCCUAUAAAUGUAAUGAAUGUGGAAAAACAUUUAAAGGUAGUUCAUCCCUUAAUAAUCACCAGCGAAUUCAUACUGGAGAAAAGCCCUACAAGUGUAAUGAAUGUGGGAGAGCCUUUAGCCAGUGCUCAUCUCUCAUUCAGCAUCAUAGAAUUCAUACUGGAGAGAAACCGUAUGAAUGUAGUCAGUGUGGGAAAGCCUUUACUUCAAUAUCGCGGCUAAGUAGACACCAUAGAAUUCAUACUGGAGAGAAACCCUUUAAUUGUAAUGAGUGUGGAAAAGUAUUUAGUUACCACUCAGCUCUUAUUAUACAUCAGAGAAUUCACACUGGUGAGAAACCUUAUGCCUGUAAAGAAUGUGGGAAAGCCUUCAGCCAAAGCUCAGCUCUUAUACAACAUCAAAGAAUUCAUACUGGAGAAAAACCUUACAAAUGUAAUGAAUGUGGGAAAGCUUUCUCCUGGAUUUCACGGCUUAAUAUACACAACAGAAUCCAUACUGGAGAGAAACCAUAUAACUGUAAGGAAUGUGGAAAGGCCUUCAGUUCCCACUCAGCAGUUAAUACUCAUCGAAAAAUUCAUACUGGAGAGAAACCUUAUAAAUGUAAUGACUGUGAAAAAGCCUUCAACCAAAGCUCAGCUCUCAUUCAGCACCAGAGAAUUCAUACUGGAGAGAAACCAUAUAACUGUAAAGUAUGUGGGAAAGCCUUUAGACAGAGUUCAUCCCUUAUGACACAUACGAGAAUUCAUACAGGAGAAAAGCCUUAUAAAUGUAAAGAAUGUGGGAAAGCUUUCAGUCAGAGCUCAUCCCUUACAAAUCAUCAGAGGACUCAUACUGGAGAAAAACUAUAAGUUAAAUGCAUGGGGAAAAACCUUCCAACUGAAGUUAAUUCCACAUGAAAUGUCAAAGAAUUCAUCUUGGGGAGAAAAUCAUGAAGAUCAGUUAAUUGUGAAUUAAACUUCAGAAUGUAGACCUCAUCAAACAUCAGAGACUUUAUGAUGCAAGAUAACCUUAGGAAUAUUAGGAAAGCUUCUAUAAGAUGUUGUUUUCAUAUAUUCUUAAGUUAUUACUGACUAUAAAAUAGAAAAUUUGUCAGGUCAAAGGGUUAGUAUUUUAUUUUCUUUCUAGUGAUGUAUGAUAACAGCCACCAGCUUUCACAGGCAUCACUGGGAAGCAUGUUGAUUUAUGGAAAAGUGCAGCCAUAAAAUCCAGACUUCAGAUUAAUCUAGUAUUCUAUUUUUUUUGAAACUGCAUUUGAGUGUUACGCAAGCCAGUUGUACUAAGAAGAAUGUAUUGGAGAGGAAAUGUAAGCAGGUGACCUGGAGCUACCUCACUGUCACUAAAAUUUGUUUUUGUAAGAGUUUAAAAGCAACUUCUGUACUUGGUGGUUGUUAAAACUUUUGAGUUAUUUCUCCCCUGCUUCCUAAGCCAUUCACCUGAAAGUAAAAUCACUCUGUAAACUGCAGGU